AUGGUGAGAGGAAAGAUCGAAAUCAAAAGAAUCGAGAACGUGACCAGCAGACAAGUCACGUUCUCCAAGCGUAGGAAAGGUCUCUUGAAGAAAGCUCACGAGCUUUCAAUUCUGUGCGAUGCUCAAGUCGCCGCCAUUGUCUUUUCUCAGAAUGGAAGACUAUAUGAUUUCGCUAGCUCUGACAUGACGAAGAUAAUGGAACGAUAUGAGAUAUAUAGGAGAGAGUCUUUUGCGGCAGAGAGACUCCAAAAAGAGCAAUAUGUGCAGGAGCUCAAGAGGGAAAUGGCAAUCAUGGUGAACAAAAUCGAUCAUCUACAACUUCAUUGCCGGAGGGUGAUGGGGCAAGAUUUGGAUUCGUGUUCGGUGGAGGAACUCAAGGAGCUAACUAUCCAAAUUGAGAAAAGCCUUACUAUUGUCAGAUCAAGAAAGGCUAAGUUAAAUGAAGAUAAGAUAGAGAAACUAAGAGCUGAGAUUGCAGGAGGGAAAGGUGUCUUGAACGAGAGAAGUAAGCUGCAUCAAAUGUUCGAAGAAAAGCCCUUGUGGAUGCAGCCGAGAAACGUUCAAGAGAGUGAUCACAAGAGUGCAGCGUCUUGUGGUAGUGGAAACAUGGACAUAUCUGAUGUCAAAACUGAUUUGUUCAUUGGAUUGCCUGAAAGCUGA